AAUGCAAAGCUGAUUAGUAAAAGCCCCAUCCCUACGGAAUAUAGGCAGGCCUGCAUUUAUCUGGUGUCAAAAAGUUAGACCCAAUUUAGAACCAAAUUCGCUAUCUAAAUCGCUACUCGACUCAGUCCAAUGAACAACGUGACUGUCUCAAACCCCCAUGCCCCCCCACCCCCAAAAAAUAAAAUAAAAAUAAGGUCCAUUUUGUUGAAAAAUAAACAACGUUCCGUGCGAGAACGAGGGAAAUUUUAUAGGAGCGAAAUGAGCCAAAGCACAGACCCACCCCCUUCCCUACAAACUUGUUCUAUCACAAUCUCUGAAUUCGUCUUUAAUCCAUACAAAAGAAAAGGACUAUUAUAGUUUACAUUUGAAUAUUCAUCUCAUUCAUGGAUCUAAGCCAGCCCGUAGAAGAAAACUAUGCCAAUCCCAAAACAUGCUUCUUUCACGUCCUCUUCAAGGCCUCGGCUUUGGCAUUUUACAUGCUUUCAACGCUGUUUGCGGAUAGUUUUGUUAUCAUCUUUGUGAUCACCGUCGUGCUUGCUGCACUUGAUUUUUGGGUGGUCAAGAAUGUUAGCGGCCGUAUAUUGGUAGGGCUUAGGUGGUGGAAUGAAAUAAAUGAGCAAGGUGAGAGCAUAUGGAGAUUUGAGUGCCUUGACCACGAGUCCUUAGCUCGUAUUAACCAAAAGGAUUCUUGGUUAUUUUGGUGGACAUUGUAUCUUAAUGCAAUUGCUUGGACCAUCUUUGGGAUAUUUUCAUUGGUAAGACUUGAAGUUGAUUAUCUCCUAGUUGUGGGAGUUUGUUUGAGCCUUGCCAUUGCCAACAUCAUCGGAUUCACCAAAUGUCGUAAAGAUGCCAAGAACAAGAUUCAGGCGUUUGCCUCUAGGACCAUUGCUUCUCGUUUUUCAUCUACUCUACAGUCAGCAUUUAGCUUGGUGUAAGUUGUCUGAGCUGCAAACAGAUUUUAUCAAAAUUUUAUUGCCCAGGUUUCUUUAACUUCUAGGUACUGAAAAACAAUGAAUUCAUUAUGUAAUUUUGUUUUUAAUCGUAGAAUGAAAAAAAGAAAAGAAAAGGAAUUAGAAAUAUGUAUUCUCCUAAACUUAUUGUAAUAAAUUUUAUAACGA